GUGAAAGUGAGGUACGAGGGAAUGCUGCGAUCAUCGCUGUGACGUGAGCUGACUGUAACAUCACCGACUCCAUAUUGCCUUGGAAUGGUGACAAGCCAAUCCAAACAUCAUCGUGAGUCGUGACAAUGAUUCCGACGCCAAAGCUGUCGCACUUGACUAGUGAAGAUUACAAUGAUGUCUAUGAGCCUGCAGAGGAUACAUUCUUGUUAAUGGAUGCUCUAGAGGCUGACAUUGAACUCAUCAAGAAAUUAAGGCCAAGUUUAUGUUUAGAAGUUGGGUCUGGAUCAGGAGCUGUUAUAACCUUUCUUGCAAAUGUACUUGGAAAUUCUGCUCUUUAUUUGUGUACAGAUGUAAAUAUGCGGGCUGCGUUCACUUCUCUAAAGACUGGACUAGCCAACAGUGUCGAUGUGCAACCAGUCCUGACCGACCUUGUUUCUUGCCUGGAAUCAAGACUGCAAGAAAAGGUAGACAUUCUCCUGUUCAAUCCUCCAUAUGUUGUCACCCCUUCUGAUGAGGUUGGUGGUAGAGGCAUAGAGGCAUCGUGGGCUGGAGGCACCAAUGGCAGAGAGGUGACUGACAGAUUGCUGCCUCUCAUUGGCAAGCUACUGUCCAGAACAGGGCUUUUUUAUCUGGUCAUUAUCAAGGAGAAUAUACAAGACGAGAUUGAGGAGGAGAUGAGGAGGCAGGGACUUCACAUGGCGGUGGUGCUGUCACGACGCAGUGGACCGGAGCAGCUGCGUGUGCUGCGCUUCUCUCGUGCUAGCGACCCUGUACCAGUGCACUGACACAUUUGUCUGCGGGGAAUACUAUACUGGAGAUAUCUCACUCACCAGCGUUAGUGGACACGAGUUUAUUACGUGCAGGAGAUGAGCAAAGCGCGCGAGUGAAUGUUGCUCAUAGAAGGGAAAGCGCGCGAGUGAAUGCUACUUAUACCAGGGAAAGCAUGUAAGAGAAUGUUCUGCUUACAGAAAGGAAAGUACACGAGUGAAUACUGCUCACAGAAGGAAAAGAGCAUGAGUGAAUAAUGCUUACAGAAGGGAAAACGCAUGAGUGAAUACUGCUUACAAAAGAUAUGGAAUACAGAGGAUAAAGAGUGCAUUCAUGAAAGAGAAAGAAUGCUGCUUACAGAGAAUGGGGUGGCAGAAAUAAACUUGCUGCUUACAAAAGAUCGAAAACAGGUCAAUGUCUUGUCAGCAGGAUAGGAGGAAUGUGUUUUUUACUAAUGGAUAAUUAGCAUGUCAACAUUGUUUUCUUUCCAAGUGUUCAUAUUGCACUCACCCAAUUUUAAAUACUGUGAUAGGGCGGAUUUGUGCAAUAUAGCAAUCUGCUAAGUUACUUUGUAAUCAAGGUCUGGCAAGGUGUUUCAAUAAAAAUGUGACCUAUAAAUUUGAUCAUCAUU